GACGUUGCAACUGAUGACGUUGCACAGUUAGGAAGUGGGCGAAUACAGAAAACAACGAACAAUGCAAAUCUAGCCAAAAUUAGUCGUAUUUCUGUUGUCAAUGAAUUUCUUUAUUUUUUCAUAGUGGAGAGUUAAAAUAGAGAGAGCGUCUCAAAAUGUUCGCAGGGUUACCUGAGCUGGGAAUAUCCAAUGGAGAAGAUCUGAAAGAAACUCUCACUAACUGUACAGAACCUCUGAAAGCCAUCGACCAGUUUCAGGCGGAAAAUGGCAUAUUGUUGCCAACCCUACAGUCUGCAUUGCCUUUCUUGGAUCUUCACGGGACUCCGCGGCUGGAGUUUCAUCAGUCAGUGUUUGAUGAGCUUCGAGAUAAGCUGAUGGAGCGCGUUGCCACCAUUGCCGAGGGCAAGGAGGAGGACAGAUACGUAAAGCUGGAAGAACUUCUUGAGAAAAGCUUCCCAUUGGUGAAGAUGCCGUCCAUACAGCCCGUUGUCAUGCAAGUGCUCAAACAUCUGCUAAAGGUGCCUGAGAAGAAGCUGAAGCAGGUUAUGGCCGAUAAAGAGCUGUACAAAGUCUGUUCUGUGGAGGUGAAACGGCAAAUUUGGCAGGACAAUCAGGCUCUUUUCGGGGACGAGGUGUCUCCGCUCUUGAAACAGUAUAUUGUGGAGAAGGAGACGGCUCUUUUUAGCAACGACCUCUCCAUCCUUCACAACUUUUUCAGUCCUUCGCCCAAAACACGGCGACAGGGUGAGGUGGUGCUGAAGCUGACUCAGAUGAUUGGGAAGAACGUGAAGCUCUACGAUAUGGUACUACAGUUCCUGCGGACGCUGUUCCUGCGCACACGAAACGUGCACUACUGCACCCUACGUGCUGAGCUGCUCAUGUCCCUUCAUGACCUCGACAUCAGUGAGAUCUGUUCAGUCGACCCCUGUCACAAGUUUUCUUGGUGUUUGGAUGCCUGCAUCAGGGAAAAGUUUGUGGAUGCUAAACGGGCUCGUGAGUUGCAAGGCUUCCUGGAUGGUGUGAAGAAAGGGCAGGAACAAGUGUUAGGUGACCUGUCGAUGAUCCUCUGUGAUCCAUUUGCCUGUAACACUCUAGUGUUGAGCACCGUGAGGAACCUUCAGGAGCUAUUGAGCCAGGACGCCCUACCCAGAGACAGCCCUGAACUUCUCCUCCUGCUGCGGAUGCUUUCUCUUGGCCAGGGGGCCUGGGACAUGAUUGACAGCCAGGUUUUCAAAGAGCCCCGAAUGGAUUUGGAGGUGGUAACACGCUUUCUGCCUGCCAUGAUGUCAAUAGUGGUGGAUGACUACACUUUCACUGUGGAGCAGAAACUACCAAGUGAGGAGAAGACCUCUCUCACGUACCCCACCACCCUGCCUGAAACCUUCUCCAGGUAUAUACAGGAAAACAGGGUGGCAUGUGAGAUCGGUCUUUAUUAUGCACUUCAUAUCGCUAAGCAGAGGAAUAAAAAUGCUUUACAACGGCUUCUGCCUGGACUGGUGGAUACCUAUAACGACAUGGCGUUUGGAGACAUCUUCCUCCAUCUUCUCACUGGUCAUCUAACUCUGCUCUCUGAUGAAUUUGGAUCAGAGGAGUUCUGCACUGCUGUCUUUGACAACUUCCUCCUCACAUCUUUCUCUAGUAAGGAGAACGUUCACAGACACAGUCUUCGCUUGCUGAACCAUCUCCAUCAGAAGGUGCUGGCGUCCUACAUGGAAACUAUAAUGAAGACACUUGAACCACCAAAACAGAGCAGUGAGUCAGUGAAAGAACUGUACACCCUGUUGAAGGAGAAGCUUGAGGCUUCUAAGAAAAGCCCCCCUGAACCAGAGGAAGCCCCCUCUCUGGAUUUAGGCCUUCACCCUGUUACUGUGCCUCCCACCCCUACGACCCCUGUCUGACAGAGACUGGACGCUCCAGCCACUAGAGAGCAGCAACAGCAGCAAUGGAGGUAGAUGACUCAUCUAAUGGCAAAAGACUGACCUAAACAUGUGUAAAAUGGAACUGUGCUGGUUAUAAGACUUAGUUUAGUUGUUUUUCGUGUUUCCCGCUUUUAUAAAGGUCAUUUUAAAGCAUUUUCCAAUUUUCAAUUUUGUGUUUCGAUUUCUACGCUUCUUUUAAGAAAAUUUAGUCUUGUCUUAUGUAAAGCAUCUCAUGGUUGAAUAUCAUUUGCUUUGGAUGGAGUCAGUGUGACAAACCCUUGUGUAAAUAAAAUAAUUGAUUAGACAAA